AACUGGUUAUUUUUGCCUGUAAUGAUGCAGAGUUUAUUGUUAGACUCUGAAUCCCUGAUCAAUAAAAUUAGAGUUGCUUCUGGUUGUCAUCAUUUUACAUGAAUGGCGUUUCGCCGCAGUCUCAUCACACGAGCCAAGCUCUUCAAUCAACACAAAUUCGCCCCUUCAUUUCAAUUCAUCCUCCACCAAAACGACACAGAUGACUCUAAAACCCUAAACCCCCAAUUUUCCCGCCAAAAUCGCUCGUUUACGAGCACCGGAUUGUUCAACACUGCUUUUCGGAACCCGGAGGCUUCGUACUCGGUGCUGAAUGGGCUGAAUUUGGCGCGAAACAUGUCGUCGUCGCGGGCGAUCGACGAGGCAGCGGGGAAGAUGGAGUAUAUGAGUGACGUGGCGGGGGUGUUGAGUGAUGGUGGCGUGGAGGUGGUGAGUCAGCAAGGUGUUGCGGCUGUUAGUGAGGUUGCGGUGGCUGCUGCUGAUUCGUAUUUUCCGGUUGCCGCUUUGCAGUAUUUGAUUGACUAUGUUCAUACUUAUACUGGACUGCCGUGGUGGGGAAGCAUAGCUGCAACAACUAUUUUGAUUCGAUGGCUGGCAGUUCCACUAAUGAUUAAUCAGCUCAAAACUACUUCAAAGCUAACGCUUAUGAGGCCGAAAUUGGAGGAAAUAAAGCAAGAGAUGCAAGACAGGGGUAUGAGUCCUACUGCAGUAACAGAAGGCCAACAACGAAUGUCUCAACUUUUUAAAGAAUAUGGUGUUACACCUUGGACUCCUUUAAAAGGACUCCUGAUACAGGGUCCAGUUUUUGUCAGUUUUUUCUUUGCAAUUCAAAACAUGGUUGAGAAGGUGCCAUCUUUUAAAGAAGGUGGAGCAUUCUGGUUUGUCGAUCUGACAACUCCUGAUAGUUUCUACAUCUUUCCAGUUUUGACAGCAUUGACAUUCUGGAUAACGGUUGAGUGCAAUAUGCAAGAAGGUAUGGAAGGUAAUCCUGCUGGUGCAACAAUGAAAAAAGUCAUGAGGGUUUUUGCUCUUAUCACAGUUCCUAUUACCAUGUCUUUCCCAAAGGCUAUAUUUUGUUAUUGGAUCACGUCUAACCUGUUUUCACUGUUGUAUGGAUCAGUAAUUAGAGCACCAACUGUGAAAAAGCUCCUGCGCAUCCCUGUCAUACCUGUUGCACCAGUUACAACAGCACCACCUGCCUUCUCUUUUACCGAAGCACUUAAAAAGUAUGUAGAAGCGCAAAAGAGGCAACCUCCACCACCUGCGAAUCCAUCAAAUACGAGUUCCAUACCUACCCAAACAGAAAAGCCAGCAAAUCAAAACAAACCUGCAGUGUCAUCGGUUCUGAGUCAAAGGAUCAGGAGUUUAGAAAAUCAAGUCAAGGGAAGAAAGAAGGGCAAAAAGAGGUGAAAAGUAUUGAACUUUCACCAUCCCGAGUAAUGCACUAGCAAUUAUACGAUUUUGUUAAACUAGAAUAGAUGUCACUUCAUAUAUCUAUGAGUGUUAUGAAUCGUUAGCUUGUGUAGAACAUGCAACUUCUGUAGGUUUUAAGUUAAGAGGUUGGGGAAGUAAGAGCUUAUCUUUUAUCACGGGUUCUGCUACUUAAGAAUAUGGAGUUGUAGAUUCUCAUGUUUGUUACUUUUCGAACUGCUAUUACAAUGAAUAGGAACUAAGAGAAGAAGAGGCUACAGAUAUGCCAUCUUCUCUGGUGAAUUGCAUUCUUCUUAGUUAGAUCCAGUUCAUGCAGCCCAUAUUUUGUCCUACCGAUGCUGUGGUGUAUAUGGUGUCGUGCAAAUUUGCCAGAACCUGAAUGAGGAGGCUGACAGGCUGUCAAGUUGGAAUUAAUCAAGUCAGUUGGAAUUGUUUAUCUCUCUGCGCAUUUGGGGUAAUUGAUUCCAUUUUUUAAUGCAUUAUUAUUUCAUUCAGGCACAGUUAAGUUUCCACUUGCCCCCUUCAAUGCAGUAUAAUUGUAGAGUACAGUUGAAUUGCCCCCUUUCUGAUUUAAAGUGCAUGUGUCCUGUGAUCUGCGUAUGUUCA